CCGUACAUAAGAAGAUAUCGUGACUCUUUGCGGACUUGAAAUAGCAACUGAUAUCACGCUAGCCUUACCGGAAAAUACCUUCUUCCACAAUUAUGUCUAGUUGCCUUUCGCACGCCAUGGGAUAGCAGUCCUUUGAAAAGUAUAAUUUACUUACUUUCCGGAAAUGAUUUUUUAAAAUCUUUCUAUAGCAAUGUAUGGAAACGGAUUUAGGAAAUGACUUGAUCACAACCUUGAGGAGUGACCUAGCAGGACUGCAGUAUAAAAGAGACAAAUUAAUAUCAGAGAACAGCGAUUUAAAAAACCAAAUGUUAUCUCGAGACCAAAGAAUACUCGAACAACAAGUUGAGAUCGACCACCUUCGUGAACAGAAUGCCCGUCAAAACGCUAUCAUAUCAUCUCUUAAAAAGAAAAUCCAAGAUCUCGAUGAAGUCCAACGCAAUCUACAAGCGUCGCAAGGCAGAAGUGACUUGACGGUGCAAACCCUUCAGAGAGACAACCGCUACUGUGAAGAGAAGAUAAAGGAUUUGGAAAAGAAAGUACGAUCUCUUGAAUUGGAAUGUCACAACGAAGAACAGCAAAAGGAAAAUGCUCGGUGUCAGUUCCACGAUCUUGUGAGAAGACUUUCUGUCGCCUUAGAUUCAGAUUUCUGUGAUACCGCUCACACCCACUCCCCUGAAAGUCUAAUCAUUAAAGCAUCUGAACUAGUCCAAGAGAUUACUAGACUUAAAAAUAAAUGUAUGAACACAAGUGAGAAUCUCACAACCAUUGAACAGGACUUCCGUAGUUGUAGGGACACGUUGGAGAGAGCGAAUGCUGAUAAAGACAUUUUGCAAAGGCAGCUCUCGAGCCAGCUCCUAGACAUAGAAAGACUGAAACAGGAGAAGGAAUCUCUUUCUGUAUCCAAUAGAGUACUUGAAAGGGAACUUCACGAUGCUCGAGAAAAGUUGUCACACUGUACGAAGAACUUAAACGUUGUUAGUGAUAACAUGAAUCAAAAUGAAUCAUUGAUAAUUCAACUAAAAGAGGACUUAAGACAUCGUGACGAAAAGUAUCAAAGGCUUCAAACGGAAUUUAGAAACACAAUGGAAUCAAUCGCAAUCCUCCUCAGUCUGCCCACUCGUUUCGUUGAAGCUCACGAAAGCACUAUCAAAGACCGUAUAAGGGAAAUUUUGAGCGAAAAUAAAGAUAGAACCGCCCAAUUAGAAGCGUUGCGUGAGAAAUUAGGAGUCGAGUGUCAGCAGUUGGGGAGAACGGCGCAUUUACACGAACAAGCGACAACCCGCGUAAGAAUACUAGAGGACGAAAGGAACAUGCUUGAGACUAAGGUUCACAAACUGGAGUCGGAACUAACAACUUUAGAAAUGUCGCGAGAUAAUUUGAGAAAAGAUAAAGCUAAUUUCGUGGCAUUCCUGGAGCGCUUGAGUCGUACUCUCAAUAUGGACGAGUUGACACAGAACAUCGGAUUGGACUUACACACGGACUCCAUCAUUCAAAGAGCCGAGCAACUCGCGAGACUCGAGAGCGACAAAAUUAUUGACAAGAUGCUGUAUUACGGAUACUAUGGCACGCUCCCGAGACUAAGAAGAGAGCGUUCUUUCCAUGACUUACCGUACCUUAAAGAAACGGCCGUUGUUUAUCAACUGCAGCGUCGCAUAAGAAUAUUGAGAGAACAGCUCCAGCGAAAAGAUUUACAUUUAGAUUUACUGCGACGUAAGCUUAGCGUACAGGAAGAUUCGUCUCGAGUUAGGGCGGUUCUCCAGGCGGAACGUGAUGAAGCUGUCAACAGAAGUAAGAAACUGGCACGACAGUGUGACAAGCUUGGGGUUCAACUGAGUGACGCGAGGGCACAGGUCCGGGAUCUCAACGCGCAGCUAGCUGAUGCUGCAGAGUAUAAGAUAACAGCGCUGGAGAGAGCUAGAAAGAUAGAAGAGUUGCAGAAAAAAAUUGACGAAGCAGAAAUGCUUCGAGUGAGAUACAAUCGCAAGGUGAAUGUACUUAAAGAUCAAGUGAGGGCUACUGGAGACACGUACGAACAAGAGAGAACGAGUACAGAACAUCAGAUUAAUAUACUAAGAGACGAUCUCUCAAGGACCAAAGAGGCUCUAGCUGAAUGUCAACGUAGAGAAGCACAGCUGCAAAGCUUUAGACAUUCAAUCGCCAAACUCCUUGGUAUUCUGGUGCCAUCGUCCGUGUCGGACUUCGAGAUGGUGUCUCGUCUCCAGAAGCUCAUCGACGCUCAUCACGACUUCACAGUAGUGUCUCGUCGGUAUGACGACCCCGCACUGCUCAGGGCUUCAUCACGCUCUCCUCCCCCAUCACGAUGCAGAACAAGAACACCUGAUCGAUCACUCCGCUACGAUGAUUCAGGAUACGCGGAUCCGGCGUUUGAUCUCGAGGACGAGCUUUACAAAACUCGGCCGGCCUUGUGACAUUCGAGACGCCGCGCCCGUUUCUAGGCCGCCUACGUCUCAUACUUUUUGACAAUGCCCUUAUCAAAUCUCAAUCUUAACUGUUUGAUACAGAUUUUACCUAGUAUAUAACUUUAUAUAGUAUUAUUAUAACGCAUAGAUAGUUGUAUAUUCAGCAUUUUAAGCAAUGCGUAUUAUAUACGUAUUGUCCUUGAGAUUACAGAACUCUUAUACAUUUACAACCUUUAUUAUAAUACAUUUCCAUAGUAUAUACACAUAGUAUAUUUUAUAAAUAUGUGCAUUUAGAUAUUCUAGUGCUUUUGAAUGUUCCCCGUCACGUACUAGUCUCGUUAAAUAAAAAAUCACGUAAAAGAAUACUUCAAAAGAUCUGGGUCAGACAUAUUGUAUAAUGACCAUUUAUGACUUAAGUUAUUUGAAGUACUUAUUUAAAGAAUAGUUUUAAAACAUAAAAGUAGAAGUUAUAUUUAUAAUUUUAGAAUAUUUUCUCACGAUAGUUGUAGAGUUAACCAUAAAAUUUGUAACUUUUUAGAAAUUUUAUUUCUUGUUAGAAAAAUGUUUUGUUCUUAAUUUAUGUAUAAUAUAUGAACAAUAAUAUCUACAUUUGUUAAUCUAUUUAAUUUAAUUAGGAAAUAAAAUAGUAAAAUAUAGUAACUCUAAAACCCCAUCAAUUUAAUUUAUAUUAUAAAUGCUAAUAAUAAAAUUAAUUCAAUUAUAAUAAAACUAAGAAAUGUGUUGAAUAAUUUGCAAAAAUAUAUUUAGAAAUAAAUAUUAAUACACUGGCAGUCAAA